GUGACGGAGGGUUAGACCGGAUCAGUGGAGUCAUGCGUCACACAGCUGUAUCAUGCUGGCAGCCAUUCCUGGGUCUGGCUGUGCUGCUAGUCUUCACAGGCCCCACUGCCAGCUGCCCAGCCCGCUGUGAAUGCUCAGCACAGAACAAGUCUGUCAGCUGUCACCGAAGGCGGCUAAUGUCCAUCCCAGAGGGCAUUCCCAUUGAGACCAAAAUCUUGGACCUCAGCAAGAACCGACUGAAGAGCGUCAACCCUGAGGAGUUCACAUCGUACCCUUUGCUGGAGGAGAUCGACCUCAGUGACAAUAUAGUCGCCAAUGUGGAGCCCGGAGCCUUUAACAACCUCUUCAACUUGCGCUCCCUGAGGCUGAAAGGAAACCGUCUGAAGCUGGUCCCCCUUGGGGUGUUCACUGGGUUGUCAAAUUUAACCAAGCUUGAUAUAAGUGAAAACAAGAUUGUCAUUUUGCUGGACUACAUGUUCCAAGAUCUGCAUAACCUAAAGUCCUUGGAGGUUGGGGACAAUGAUUUGGUUUAUAUAUCACACAGGGCCUUUAGUGGACUCCUUAGCCUGGAGCAGCUCACCCUGGAGAGAUGCAACCUCACAGCUGUACCAACAGAAGCUCUUUCUCACCUCCACAACCUCAUUAGUCUGCAUCUGAAACAGCUCAACAUCAAUGCUUUGCCGGCGUAUGCCUUUAAAAGACUGUUUCGCCUGAAAGACCUAGAGAUAGAGGCCUGGCCCCUCCUGGACAUGCUACCUGCCAACAGCCUGUACGGUCUCAACCUUACUUCUCUUUCCAUCACCAACACCAACCUGUCUGCGGUACCUUACUCUGCUUUUAAGCAUCUGGUUUACCUGACACAUCUAAACCUCUCUUACAACCCGAUCAGCACCAUCGAAGCAGGCAUGCUUUCAGAUUUAGUGCGGCUGCAGGAGCUCCAUGUGGUGGGGGCCCAACUACGUACCAUUGAAUCACAUGCUUUCCAAGGGCUCCGAUUCUUACGUGUGCUUAAUGUGUCCCAAAACCUGCUAGAAACCCUAGAAGAGAAUGUAUUCCACUCCCCCAAAAGCCUUGAGAUCCUCUGCAUCAACAACAACCCCCUGGCCUGUGACUGCCGUCUCCUUUGGAUUUUACAGAGGCAGCCCACUUUGCAGUUUGGAGGCCAGCCACCGAUGUGUGCUGGCCCAGACAGUGUCAAAGAGAGGUCAUUCAAAGACUUCCACAGCACAGCUCUUUCUUUUUACUUCACCUGUAAGAAGCCCAAGAUACAAGACAAGAAGCUGCAGUACUUGGUAGUGGAGGAAGGGCAGACGGUGCAGCUGAUGUGCAAUGCUGAUGGGGAUCCACAGCCUACCAUAUCCUGGGUUACCCCCCGUCGCAGGCUGAUCACAACUAAAUCGAACGGAAGAGCCACUGUGCUGGGAGAUGGCACCCUGGAGAUCCGAUUUGCUCAAGACCAGGACACUGGGAUCUAUGUUUGUAUUGCAAGUAAUGCAGCUGGGAAUGACACCUAUUCGGCCUCCCUUACAGUAAAGGGGUUUACUUCAGACCGUUUCCUUUAUGCCAACAGGACCCCUAUGUAUAUGACAGACUCCAAUGACACAAGUUCCAACGGAACUAAUGUGAACACCUUCUCUCUGGACCUUAAGACAAUAUUGGUGUCCACAGCUAUGGGCUGUUUCACAUUCCUCGGAGUGGUUUUAUUCUGUUUCCUCCUUCUUUUUGUGUGGAGCCGAGGGAAAGGCAAACACAAAACCAGCAUUGACCUUGAAUAUGUCCCUCGCAAAAACAAUGGUGCUGUGGUUGAAGGGGAGGUUGCUGGACCACGAAGGUUCAAUAUGAAAAUGAUUUGAUGGUAUUCUGCUAGCAGUGCUUUUUCUGUGGCAUUAAAACCAAUUAAACCAGCCUGGCAUGUGGAAUUGCUAGGCAGAAGCAGCUUAAUGCAGCUGUCACUGUAUCAAAAGGUUACAUGAAAAUGGAAAGACUUUUUGUGGUUAUACAGCAGAGCCUCCAGACCUUGAGGCAUAUAUGUCAGGGCCUUUCAUAGAACUGGUAAAUUGUACUAACUGUUUGCAUUGC